CGAUCCAUUCAUAAUGGACGACAACUUUCCCCAUGUGAUGGUUGUGGGUAACCAGCCAUCACUGGAGUCCAGCUGGUACGAAGGAUCUAAUGGAGAGAAAUGUCUCAUGAUAUCUGUGCCUCGUUUCUCUCGUACUCAGACGGUAGUUCUUUUGGAUCUCAACUCUAUGGAAGUGACGAGUGAACGUUUUGGAAAAGCUUGA